GUAUUAUUUUUACCACCAAAACCAUACGGUAUUGUUUUUACCACUAAUAAAUAUACUGGUAGAAAUACCACUACAAAAAAGGAUGAUAUCGAAUUAAUAAAUGAAUCAUUGUUAAAUAAAAAUGAGAGCUGA